UUUGGUUGAGUUUAAUUCCCAAAUGAAUGAAAACUCUGUAUCUCUCUAUUCAAACAGUGGUUCAUCAGUGCCAUUUGACUUUAUCGAAUUCGGUGUAGGAUACGAUUUCCAUACUUUGGUGUGUUGGACAAUACAUAACCACAAAAUUGCUAAAAUGAGUGAUGAAGGAUCAUCGUCAGCCAAACAAACCAGGUACAUGCUCAGAAGCAGUACCAGAAAUGGACUUGUCGUUGCAGAACAAAAUGAGGACACAAAUGGACAACGGAAGCGCAAGGGUCCACUUCGAUUGAUGGAUCUAAAUGACGACUGUUUGCUGGCAAUCAUCGGAAAUAUGAAUGUGAUCGAACUGUGCGAUGUCGCUGAAACCUGCAAGCGUACACAGGCAUUGGCGCAGUACCACUUUCAUUUGAAGCAUCGUCGACUUGAUUUGGUAUCAUUAGCUGGACCCAAACCGAAGCUGGCAUUGCGGUUGCUUCGAAAUUUUGGCGGCGAAGCUUUAUCAUUGAACAUGGCACGCGAUUUAUUUCCACACAAAGAGAAAGUUGCUUCACGUAAAUUGUUGUCGCUGAUUGCAAAGUACUGUUGUCCAAAUAUAUUGACCGAGCUCUCACUCAGUCAAUUUAUCAUAACACCUGAUCCGAUGAAAGAUUUGAAGGAAUUAUUCGGAUCAUUGGAAAUGUUGAAACUUGAAAAGACCACUAUGGAAGACUGUGACUUGAGCCCAUUCAAGGACAACUUGAAAGUAUUGAACAUGGCUCUUGGCAACUUCCAUUACUCACCAUACCCUGCUCGAAUCUACAAUUCACUGAUAAAAUUCGUCAACACCGCCAAAUCUUUGAAAGUUUUGUCGAUUGAUAAUCACGGGCCAUCACUUCCGUCACGCGUUUUUAUAGCAAUUGGUAAAUUUAAAGAUUUGAAGGAGCUUGAAUUGGAUGGCCGAGAUACUUGUAGAAAAACGUUCCAACGCAAUUGCUCGCAUUUAUUUGCACUGAACAAUUUAAAAGUGUUAAAAAUAAACUGCCAUGGUUAUUUCGUUCAGCACCUCGUUGAAGGACUUGCAGCAAAUAAUAUUGCCAUUGAGCAUUUGUCACUCAAAAAUGGUACAUUUGAUAACGGUGUGAGCGUAGCCACAGCUAUUUCCAAGUUGGAAUCGAUUAUGAUUUUGAAACUUUUCGUAAUGGGAAACGUGAAUAAUGCACAUUUACUGGUCAUGGCGAAAGGUUUGAAACUGCUCACCGAAUUAGUUGUCAUCGGUUGGUUUUCAGUGAAUGCUACACAACAAGGAAUCGUUGAAAUGCUUCGUGAAGCCGAUCGAUUAUCGUGGUUGGAAAUCAGCACACGUCAAUUCAAAUUCAACAUCGAUACGUAUAACGAGAUGCUCGCAAUAAUAAAAAAACGCCCUGAACACAUCAAAUUGCAGGUGAUAUUUGGCCACUGGUCUGGGGAGUCAUUCGACCGUAAAGGAAAUCUACGAUCAAACGACAAAUGGCUGAGCGUGAAGGAAGUCUCGACACUCUACGACGAUUGAUGAAUAUUUUCGAUCAAUACUCCCAUUCAUCAGGGAUAAUUGCUAUAUUGCGAAAAAGUCAAUAAAUUCAAUGCAAACAUUUAGAUUGAAAACAAAAAUUUGUCAGCUGAUACUGAAAAUAAUCAGUGAUGAUCGCUGAAUGAAAGUAUUACAAACUUUGAAAUCAACAUUUAUUUCAAAAUAAAACGUAUAUUUCCCAUAUAUUUUUU